CGCCCCCAGCCUCCACACCUCCUCCCUCGCCUUUCUCUCGCGCUCCCCUCCCCCAGCAACCACACACACGCACACACACAAACAGAGAGGGAAGGGGGGAGGGUGAGAGAGAGGGAGAGAGAGAGAGAGGGGAGAGAGAGAGGCUCCCCGGCUCCCUCCCUCCCUCGCACACAGCGACUGGAGACGGACGGAGAGCAACGCGCUGGGAGAGGAGAGACCACCGAGAACAGCCCCGCGCUCUCACACAUACACUCACACUCGGCUCUUUCCUCUCCCCCCACCUCCUCCUCCUUCCACCCCCACCACUAACACCAUCUCCUCCUCCUUCUCUCUGCAACAAGAAAAAAAAAAGCCAUUUACAGGGGGUGAUGUGCAACUAAUUAAAGGCAGACUAGCAGCGUCUGCAAAUUCUAAGGCUCCCCAAAUAAAAAGAGACUGUUGUAACAGUUGGAGGAUAAUGCUAAGGAAGACGCUGCCUGGGAAUUCACCGUCUGUGGAAAUGCGCCCCAGAGAGGAAUAAAGCAGUCCUCACCUUGCUCUCCCCAUCCGGACCCACUUUCCCUUCCCGCCUCGGCCCCCACCCCGACACCACCAUCACCCCCUUCCCUCCCCCCCACCUCCCCCCCUUUCCCACCCAGGUGUCGGACCAGGCGGUCCCCACUUCCACCCUGCACCCCUUCUUCCCCCCCUGCACCAUGAACACCAAUGUCUGCGUGGAGCCCGGGCCGAGCCCGGAGGCCCCGGGCUUGCCCAAGGAAAGCCACCUGCCCGAGGGGGCCCUGAACAGCCUUGUGGAUUACAACUCGGAGAUGGAGCGCUACCGCUCCUUUGCCACCUCCUUCUACAAGACCAACGGGGGCGCCUUCCCGCAGGCGGCCAAGAUCGCGCGCAUCACCACCCCCAUCUUCCCCAGCAGCGCCGCCGCCGCCGCGGCCGCCGCGCGCAUCGGCAUGUCCCCCUGGAACUGCGACAACGCGGCCACCGCCGCCGCCGCCACCGCCAUGCUCUGGGGCAGCGGCGGGGGCGGGGGCGGCGGCGGGGGCGGCGGCGGCGGCGGGGGCGGCGGGGGCGGUGGCGGGGGCGGCGGGGGCGGCAGGAAAUCCUCCUCCGCCGCCGCCUCCUCCUCCGCCUCCUCCUCGGCAAUCCUCCCCGCCGGCGGCGGUGGCGGCGGCGGCGGCGGCGGCGGCGGUGGCGGCGGCGGCGGCGGCAGCAGGACCAGCAUGCACCACCGAAACGACUCCCAGAGGCUGGGGAAAGCUGGCUGCCCGCCAGAGCCGUCGUUGCAAAUGGCAAAUACUAAUUUCCUCUCCACCUUAUCCCCUGAACACUGCAGACCUUUGGCGGGGGAAUGCAUGAACAAGCUCAAAUGCGGCGCUGCUGAAGCAGAGAUAAUGAAUCUCCCCGAGCGCGUGGGGACUUUUUCCGCUAUCCCGGCUUUAGGGGGCAUCUCAUUACCUCCAGGGGUCAUCGUCAUGACAGCCCUUCACUCCCCCGCAGCAGCCUCAGCAGCCGUCACAGACAGUGCGUUUCAAAUUGCCAAUCUGGCAGACUGCCCGCAGAAUCAUUCCUCCUCCUCCUCGUCCUCCUCAGGGGGAGCUAGCGGAGCCAACCCGGCCAAGAAGAAGAGGAAAAGGUGUGGGGUCUGCGUGCCCUGCAAGAGGCUCAUCAACUGUGGCGUCUGCAGCAGUUGCAGGAACCGCAAAACGGGACACCAGAUCUGCAAAUUUAGAAAAUGUGAAGAGCUAAAGAAAAAACCUGGCACUUCACUAGAGGUCAGAGGAGAUGAUUUCUUGUUUCCCAGUCUCCCCCCUUCCCUCCUCACUCCCCUCUCUUCUCCCCUUCAGGGCUUCUUGUCUGGCUUGAAGAUGCAGUACCCCUUUCCUGAAGCUUCCUUCAGGUUGUAAGAUACAGUCGCAGGUGGUUGCGAGGGCACGGCCUCUCCACCACCCUCCCCAGCUGCACUUCGCGUGGAACUGGCCUCCAGAUGGGGGGGGGGGGUGCGCCCCUCCUUUUUAUCUGUGGUGGUAAACUAAUGUAAUUGGUUUAAAAAAAUCAGAAGUUUCACAUUCAGUAUGGUCAAAAAUGCCCCCCUCCCUCUUAGUAUUAGUUUUAAAAGCAUCUCUGCCCAAAGGAUUGGACACUUCGCGUUUUAUAUACUUUUAUAGGCUAAGGGAGACUUCUUAGUGGCCCAGUUAUAACAGUGAGGGCACACUUUGUGGCACAAAAGCCUAUAGUUCCAUUAAAACACAAUCGGAGUGAUCAUUGAAGCUGAAAUACAUGCUUCCAAAAGGAUGUUCUACCCCCUUCUAGAAUAGUUUUUUUUUUUCUCUCCACCGUGAUAAAAAACGUUUCUAUUUUCCAUUUUCUGCAUAUCUGGUGGUUUUUUUGAGAAAGCAGAAAUAAUAUGGAAAGCUGAACACCACCUGCAAUUUUUAAGAAGGAUGUGUCUAAGAAUAAAGGGACGAAAUUAGUUCAGUUCGGGCAGGUGAUGGUAAUUCUAUUUAAGAAUUGUUUCAUGUAGUUUCAGAAACAAAUGAUUCCAAAAAAAUUUGGUUACCAAAGUAUAUUUACUCUGGGCUCUGCAUCUGACAAAGUAACCAUUUUUGUGGUCACAAAAUUGUUCUAUACACCAAGCACAGUUUCGAUUGAUACCCUAGAUGGUCAAUAAUAAUUUCUUUUUCCUAUAUGACCUUACAACAGGCAUGUACUGAUUACCACUAAAGUAAUUGUUAAAUUAGGCUUUUAAUUAUGUUAAAUACAAGGAGUGAUGUGUCUGGUGGAAAUUUCAUAUGGUAACUUGAUCAAAAAGGGAAAAAAGGUACAAUCAUAGGUAAAUGGUUUUAGUGGAAUGUUUAACAAAGAAAUAUGGAAAAGUAAUCGUAUUUAGUCCCUUGAUAAAAUUUGCAGAGUAGAUGGCAGGAUGUUCAUAUAUACUUGAGAAUGUAGAUAGUGGAUUUAGCAUUUGGGAAUGUUCUAUGGGUCAGAUUAUAGAGUGAGACUGGCUCUCACAAGUUAUUAUCAGAGGGCACUUGCACAUUCUUUUUAAAAAUUGCGAGCACUGCUUCAAGGAGUUUUCUCCAUGAAGGAGAACCUCUUUAAAAGGUUAAAAGAGGAAAGUUAAAGAAUUCUGUUGCAGGUUUGAACACAAAUAAGAUACAGAUUUUUUUUUUAAGUUUUAUUAAUAUACCAAGCAAAUGGCACUUUGGGAUUCCAAAAAAAACCCACAGUGUUGUAUUGCUAUCAUUAUUGAUUGUGAUCAGGUCCAUCAAAACAUUGCACUUAUCCCUCCUUAUAAGAGAAUUCAUCUCUUUGUCAAGAGUUUGACUUUACUUCAGAGUGGUUUACUACCUUUCCUUUGGCAAUGCUGCUUAAACAAAGAUAAUAGCAAUUAUAAAAAUGCAGGUCUAUCUAUUUUCUUAGGUGGCAAAAACUAGUUUUUAGUUUUUGAAUUGUGUUUUUCUGGAUUAAUUUAUUGCAACUUACCUCUAGUCUCUAAGGCCUAUGGGAAUUAAAAUUCAGUUCAUGAUAAAAAUUUCCUGUCAAUGCCCAGUUGAUAAGGACUAGAUGGCUUUAUUUUUCCUCUUUAACUAUAUAGUAUGUAGCAUAAUAGAUUUCAUGUUGCAAGUAGGCUACACCUUCAGCUAGACCCAUGGCCCAGACUGCAUCCCAAUUUAGAGUAUGCAGUGGGUAGGGCCACUGAAUAAUUCUGAUUUACUUAGUAAAUAACCGCUCUGAAGGAGCUUAAUGUGGCUAUCAAUAGGUUUUCUGCACAAGUUUCUAUGCUGAUUUAUCAGUCUAGACAAAUUUCAUAAAUUUUUUUUCCAUUUUUUUCUCAUUUGGGUAGUUUUCCCACAGACUUGUUGUGAUGUUUAAAUUCCUUAGACAUUUUGAUCACAGAUGAUCCCAUAGUACUACCUUUUCUUUUAAAUCCACGUGCACAAAAGUUCUGUUGAUCUUCAGAAAAUGGGGUGUGGGUGAGAAGGGAAACAAAUUUCAGUCUUCAUAGAGCUCUCUGAAGAUGUUUUCCUAACUACAUACUCCUUCCUACAAGAAGGUCAUGGUUCAAGGCUAAGAUUGUUAGUGGAAUGCUAUUUGGCAGAAAGAAAAAGUUUGGGGGAGGGGUUUUGUUUUGUUUUUUAAUUGGCUAAGACUCUAUCUAGCUUAUUUUAAAAAGGCAAUUGCAGCCUUAAGCACAUGUGUAACCACACAGUUAUGGUUGUAGGAAACCAGCUGGAUGCAUGUCAGAGUGACAGGGUUUACAUGACUGAACCAAAGCUGGAGCAGUGUUUGCUGGUGGGUGAAAAGUCCCCUGCUGACCUGCUUCCCUCUCUAAUUUGGUUCCUGUAAGUUAUCAUCAUCUGUGGAGAUGUUUUAGAGAUUGGAUAGACUCCCUGGCUGAGGAUAAUGAUUUGGGGUUUCAUUAUGGGUAUUACCUGUGGACUUCAGGUUUAAGUUCAGUAGCUAAUAUUUGUUGGCUUUAAAUUAUGGACACCAAUUAAUAAUUGCAUCAUCAUUAGUUUUAUUCUUAUUUAUCAUUUCAAACCUCAUGAGUCCUUCUUUCCAUUGACUUAUUCUCCUCAAAGACUGGAGGCUUAAUCAGAUUUUCAGGGUGAGUAAACUGAAAUUAAGACAGAUUCACAUGGUUGUUUUGGGAUUCUUGCCCACAUUUUUUAAAGCCUCCUCUCUGGCAUUCCUUUUAGAACAACCUAACUUAUUUUCACAUUUUCCUGCUUCAUCUCAUGUUAAGAGCAUCUUAAUGCCUUGGAAAUAUGUUUAUAAAAUCACCCUCUUGAUAAUAUUCCAUAAGAUAACAAUGCACAUAAAACAAAUUUAGUUUUUCUGUGAUACUGUGUAUUUGCACAGAACACUGUUCAUUUAGUCAAUUACUGUAUUAAAAACUUGUCACUAAUUAUUCAAAGCAGUUAUUACAAAUACUAUAUGCCCUUUUUGCAACAAAACUUACCUUAAAAACUUGCAUCCUAAAUGAUCAAUAUUAAAUUGAGAGAUUUUAAUAAACAUGUGAUUAUGCAUUAUGAUAAUAAGUUACAUAAUAGCACUUUGUCUCAUGGAAAGGUAAUCAAUCCUUCAGUUUUCAGAUUCACAGUAGUUACAUUUCUGAUAUGAAGAUCUAACUUUUUAAAAUAUCUCAGCCUCAUAUGACUCAAGGGAUAGAAUCAUCCCUUGGGCAACCCCAGCCUCUUAGUCCCUGAACAUUGUUCAGGUGACAUGAUUGAUCUCUGUGGGACAGCAUUAGAGACCACACAGAUCUGGUUUCUCUCCCAUUAGCUGAUUUAUGGAAUUACAUUAGUAAGCAGCACCUCAGGAGAUUUCCCUGCCCCCACCCUUGGCUCUCAGCUCUAAGUUACACACUGGCAUCACAAGCUGGAGAAGGGACUUGAAAAGGGUACCUUAGAGGGAAGAGACUGAGAAACUAGAAACUCAAGAAAAAGAACAAUUUCAAUCACUUUCUUCUCUUUUCUCUCAUUAAAAAAUUUAUCUGCUGAAUAUACAGGCCAACAAUUUUGGUUGUGCUUCUCAGGGGUUUGGUGGAAAACAUCCAAAUAUUGCCCCAAACUUGAUAACUUGAUUUUUUUGAGGAGUGUUUUAGGGGAGGAGGGACAUGUUUCUUAUAUAUGCUAUUAAGUUCUGAGAGCCCCAGCCACCCAAAUGACAAUUGUAGAAUUCUGGACAAAGCAUUGUCUGCAAGGGAGAUGGUUCCUGUUUCCCAAAGAAAUUCAUUUGUAGACCAUGUAUAAAAUAGGGUGUCCUUCACACUCAGCAUCUGUCUAGUUAAAUAAUUGACAAUGUUAAUAAGUUUUUGAAGUUUGGUGACUUUUACAUAAAAAAUUUAUAGGUAAAUACGGAUGUUUCCUAUCUUAAAGUGAAACAUCCACCAGUUUGUCAUUUUAUAUCAUAAUUUAAAAAUGAGUUUUCAAUUUUUAGUUUCAAAAAUCAAAAACGUGCCAGUUUAUAAAAGCGUAAAUUUUUGUUUUACUCUCAAAAUGCAAAUAUAUAACUAUCAAGGGAAAGAGGAAAGUUUUCAAUCAACUUAAACAAAAUGAUAGGAUAUUAACAGGUGUGUAAUAUAGAAAUAAUGUAGGAACACAAUCCUGAAUUUCAUAAGUGAUAAGAAAAAAGUUCAGAAAAGUUUAACUUUGACUAAAGUCAACUAGAUUUGUGGUCAAGGCAUCAUACUGUAAUACAAGUCCAGUGCGAUUUUCCUUCUAUCACUAGAUUUAGUGCAAGGUGGUCCAAAGUUGUUUUUAAAAGGACCAUACAUUUUCAAUAAUUCCUAAAUGAAAAUAAUACCCCCACCUAUCCAAAUACCAUGAAACUUCUAAGCAAUCUUUGGCAUGGCAAUUAGGAAUAGUAGAAUAAAAAUAAUUAAAAUUCAUAUUUAAGGUAUCCUGUAGGAAUGUUUGGGUGAAAUUCAACUGUCCUCAAACAAAAUACAAACCAAUAAGCAACCAGAAAGCCAAUCAGAACAAAUCAGUAAAAACGACAACAAAUUUUAGACUAACCAGAUAAAAAUAUUGGACAUUUUAAAUAAGAAUGAAGAGUGUAUCUAUUGAUUAGGAAAAUAAACAAAAGUUACUUGAUUCCUAAACUUUUUGAUGAGCUGAUUACAGAAACAGUGCUGUAUAUUUUGGUUAGCCUUAGUCAGCUGUUUUCCUGGGUGAAUAGUUAGGAGUUUUGUAUAGUCAGACUUACAGAAUGAUAUUAACAGAGUAAAUUAAAAAAAAAUCGUCUGUCCACUAAAAAUGGAAAGGAGUGCAAACAGGUGGGCAUUUCAUCCAUAUUUGCUCUAGUUUGCCAGGUUGGAGACUGAUGAUCUAUAUGGGAGUGACCCUGGAAACCCUGUAGGAUAUUCCUUCUGGAUUCACAAGUAAUAUAAACUACUUGCGUAGGUCGAAAUGUGUUUUUAAAAACUCUUUUGAAAUAGUUGGUACUUAGAACUGUUCAAACUGUUUAGACUCAGUUGGUUAGAUUGUCUGAAUGCAUAGUUCGUUUUUACCCGAAAACAAUUCACCUUUUAAUCUUGCUUUGAGAAAGCAUAACAAAAUGUCCUACUGUCCAAUAAAUUUCACAAGAGUGUAAAUGCUUCCAUUUUUUACAUGUUUUCUUACAUUAUGCAAAACAUUAAACUAAUAUAUUCAUUAUGUAAAAAUAUCUAAUCAAAUUAGUAGGUUAAAUUCAAGAGUUAGUGAAUGGCCCAAGUAUAUAUCUACAUUGGAUAAAGGACUCACAUCUCUUUUAGUUUUCCUUUAUUUUUAGAUUAGUCAUUAAAAGGCAAAAAUGCACCCAAAAUAAUGGUAGACUCUUCCAUUUUUAUGUGGGAUUUUCAGUCACUGAUUAGAAUGUAGAUGAUCUUGUUUGGGAAUGUGGAACACUUGAGAAAAUACCAUCUUUUACAAACAUUUGUUUUCAAGAAUACUUUUUAUUGUAAUCAGUGUAAAUUUUGAAGAUUUUGCGUAUGUGUAAUUUUAUUCCUUCACUUGCUUUGUGGUGCUUCUGUUCAUUCUUGACAUAGUUUUUCAUCUGGCAUUAUGCUCUUGUCCUUAUGAGUUUCAAAAUAUUUGGGGGAGCGGCACAAGGGUGGUCUAUCUUUCAGUCGUAUCUCGUUCCAUCACAUACAAACACCUGUCCUAAAAUUGAAUUAUUCUGCACGUUAAUCGACAAGCCUCCCUCCAUUCAGCAUCAUAUGUUUUCUGUUGUUUAUUGAGUUAUGUUGCACCAUACUUCAGAUGCGACAGCCAUUUAAUAAUGUUGAAGACUUAGCUCUGCAGGGGCUAAAAGGAUCCCAGCAGGCUUGUUAACUUCUACUCUAAAACAUUAUGAGAAUUUUUUUUUUCCUCUGUGAAACUUCGGAGCUUUCCCUUAAUUUGUUUUAACAGCCUAAGAAUCUGAAGCCAGGUAUGAGAGCGAGCCUGUUAAAUUUGUCCUGUUUUUCCUUUUCUUAAUAUUUAAUGCAUUUAUUUCACAUUACAUUACUUACUCUAAAGCAAAUGGCAAAGCAAAAAUUACUUUUUUAAGGAAGUAAUAUUCAAGAUGUAUUUCUUUGAUAUAAAACCAAAUAUAGGUUAUAUUAGGAAAGUAUACUACUAGUUUCUUGGCUUUUCAUUUCUUUUAUAAUUAAAAAUUAUAUUCGGGCCAUGUGGCCACAGUUAGAUGAUGUGUUAUGGGAAGAGCCCAUAGUAUUGGGUAACUUACAGUUGAAAUGUCAGGUACAUCAGCAUAACUUAUCUGAACUUUAUUUCCUCAUCUAUAGAAUGGGGAUAAUAAUACCCACUAGCUUACAACUUUUUGAUAUUAUAUGUAGGUUUGUAUACUCUGCAUACUGAAAGAUGCUAUGCAAUUUCUCAUUCCUAUUUUAAAGUCGUCAAUGAAAAGUAGAGAAUAAGACAAUUAUGUUUACAGAUAAUUCAGUACACAGGCAGGCUACUUAUGGUUUUCAGACAUUAAAGCCCAGAUAAACUCUGUUGUAGCUUGUGUUUUCUGGAUUUUUGCUUUAAUCAUCCAGUUCUCCAAAUAACUGGCUUGAUUUCACUUGGAAAGAGAUAAACCUGAUAAACAAGUUUUCCUUGUUCUUGUAUUGUCAAAUGCCCAGGAAAACUGCACAACUCACCCAGUCAAGUCAGUCAAUGGGAUGAGCCAAAUUAAACACAUUCGUGUGCUUCCUCCUUCCUCACCAAAGGCACACCAUUGCCAUUAAUUUCUCUAACUUUUAAUGGGGGCGGAGGGUGGGGGAGAGUGUAUGUGUGUUUCCCUUUAACUCAAUACCUUCGUUUGGUUACUCUUUUCUUUAUUUGGCAGACAUGGGGAGUUAUUCUAAAUGUGAAUUCGUUUAAGAAAAUCAUUGUGAAAAGAAAUGGUUAAAUGCUUGUGAAUUCUAGUUGGAGAACAUAUUUAAUAAAUAUUGGAAAAUUUUACUUACUUUUGUUUUGAAAGAUAGGUGUGUGGCGGGGGAGCGUAAAACAGAUAUACAUUCUGAGAUAAAAAGUAAAGUAACUAUGAAGAACUUUCCUUUUUCUUCUUAAUAAGGAGAGAAUAUUUGUGAGGUAAAGAAAGUUAGUGAGUGGUAAUAGAGAAGGCUGAUGGUUUUCUGGGAGAAAAUAGUGAUAAACCCUAAGACAGGUGAGAUACUAACCCAGAAAGCACUAAAAACCAAAUAGAAAGGAAUAUUCAAGUCAGGAUGCAAUGCAGUAUCUAGAAGGAACUUUGUCAAGGCAGGAUAUGGAUGUCUGCUUUGCUUCAGCAGUUACAGAAGUUUUGCAAAGAAUGGAAACUAUAAAAUGAGGGAAUAUAAUAUUUUUAUGACUUCACUCAAUACAUUUGGUUUGGGAGUCAGAGCUAAAGCUCAAGUUCAGUGGAGUGGCAGCUGAAUCAGAGACAAGGAAAACAGAUUGUGUUAUAGCUGAUGUUAUUAUUUUUACUUAUGUCUUUGAAACAUUUGGUAGAAUAAUUCCAAAGUGUAGCUAAAAGAGAAUGCUUCCAAGAUGGGUGGAAAAUGGUGUCCCAUUUGUAUCUCCUCUGCAUCUAAAUUCAUACUUUAGAGGACAUUCUUGAGAACGUGAAGAAGUGUCAAAUUGGUGAAAACUCUGCUGAAAGUACAGUUUCCUGGUCAGAAAUUAAACACACACGCACACACACACACAUACACACACACACCUGGAUGACUGAUAGAAUCAAAAGGAUAAUGAUCUAAGAGGAUGAGAGGGGAAAAGGGUAUAUGUUUAUACAUCACCAAGACUUAUGGCAUUUCUGUAUAUUUCAGCAAUUCUAGCAAAUUCCAGAGAAGGUAUAUUUUCUUCAAAACCUUACAGAGUGAAAAAAAGUGGAAUACAUUUUAAAAGAAAGAUAGACUAUGUACAUUUAAUUCAUUUAAUUGUGCAGAAAGGAUGAUUGCGAGUGUUGGUGAAUUGGUGGUAGAAAAAUUAACUGUGCUGGUGAAAGAUUUGUCUAUGGGAAAUGUUCUUGUGUGUAGGUAAGAUGAGACCAGUGAUGGUUUUGGUGGAGUCAAGAAUAAGGGAAAGAGCUAAAAUUCUCGGUUGUAUAUAGAUGGAUGAAAAUUGAAAAGAUGUGGAAUCUUCUAGUAAGCACUAAAUAUUUCGUGUGCUCUAAUUUUCAUCCAUGAAAAACAAAACAGAGAACACUGGCCUUUUCCGUCCCCAAAGAAAUACAGAUCUUUUGUGUAAGUCUACUGUAGAGAAUUAAAUUCUUUAUGAAGUGGAGUGGUUUUUGGAUUUUCCUCAUGUGAUUCUCUUCACAUGAAUAUGUUAUUUGUGUGGCGUAGAGCUGUGUUUUUCAAACUGCAGGUGACAGAACAUUAGUGGUCCAUGUGUUGGCUUACCACAAGGAUUUUUAGAAAGUAGAACAGAACAGAGUGGAACAUAAAAUAUAUGAGUGCAGCACAUAUAGUAAGAGUACAUAUUGUUAAACUUCUGUUUCAGUUUGUAUGUAUACAUAAAUGUAUGUGUAUGCAUGUACUAGGCUGCUAUGUAAAAUGUAUCUCUAAGUGUUGGUUGCAGUCAAAAAAAUUUGAAAAACACUAGUUUAGUGGCAGCAACAACACUAUUGAACAAGUCUGUAGUGAGGAAAGAAAUUAUAUUUGUAAAUGGAACAAUGUUAACAAGAUAAAGAGUAAAAUUUAAAUGUCUUUCUUAAAUAGUGUGUCUUCACUUCUAGGCAGGUCUGUACCUAUGCUGUAUAAUCCUGAAUACAUGGUAUGUUACUGAGCACAUAGAAAACCCCUGAUAAAUUCAAUUCAAUUUAACAAAUCUUCAGGUAGGAACUCUUAUUUUCUAAGGUUUGUGGUAAGUGCUGUGGAUGUAUACAUACAUAUAUGUUCAUACACACACACACACACACACACACACACACACACAGCUGCUUAAGGACCUUGAAUUUUCUUUAUUUCUACCUUUUACAGUACCCAUCGAAAUCCCUAACUCUACAUCUUAGUCAGCCCUCCAUCUAAGAUACUUAAUUUCCUACUUCAUUCUCAACUCUCAAUCCAAGAAAUGAACACAUUUAAAAUGAUAUAAUUGAAUUAAAAUGAUAUAAUCGCUCUGGAAGCAACCUCGUACCUAUGUAUAAGCCUUGGGAUUCCUUGAUUCAUCCUUGGCUUAGUUUUUCCCCAGAUUUAAAUAAGAAAUACAAAUUGCUGUUUAUGAUCUCUGCUUGGUUACCUCACGUGAUUAUGUGAUGAAGUAUUAAGUUUUCUUUAGUGUUCUAGAAUUUGUCAAGGAAUAAGAAAACAAAAAGAAUACUUGCCUUGAACAUUUGAACAUACUGAGAAUCUACAGUAUGACUUGUUAUUUUAAGUGUAUUUUACAGAGUACUGGAAACUCUUGUUUGACCUGAAUAAAAAAGAAGUAAAGGAAGAA